AAGUGUUUAAGUUUACUCAUUCAACCUGAAAGUAUCAUGUUCGAAGCGCUGAGUUUGAUGUUAAGUAAAGAACUUACUGAACAGCUUGAUGUGAAGUCUUCUUCUUCCUUAACCAACGAAGUUAUCACAUUAACAUGUAAUAUUUUUAUGUUUCCAUUUUCAAUUGAAACAAGUGAAACAUUUCUUGAACGAACAUUAGAAUUAUGUCAACGUUAUGAUAUUAUUCAAAAACUUCUUUGGGUAACCAUGGCUCAUUUAUCAACUGAUCGUGUUGAAGUACCUGUUGGUCUUGUAGCACAGUUAAGCUAUUAUCAAGAAAGCGCUCGAAAAACAAUCAGUGAGAUGUUAAUGAAUGAUGUGCAGUUGUGUCAAUUCUAUUCAAAUGUUCUUUAUGGAACCAACGAAAGUGAAUUUAUUCUAUGUGACACAUUUUUUACAUUUACAAAUCUAAUAAAAACAACUGAUAGUGUUGUUUCGUGCAUCAGUGACAUUCUCAGUGGACCAAAAAAUGACUAUGAUGUUUUAAAGCGUGCUUUAUCUGGAAGUAAUUUAACAAAAGCAAAAUGUUGUUUUCUAAUGGGUCACAUGACAAAAUCAUCGCGUUCAUUUUGUACAAUAUUGAAAGCUCAUCCAGAUAUACUUGAUCAGCUUAGACAGUGUUGUUUUGAAGAAGAUUCACACGUUCGCAAGAUGGCAUUUUUCUUAUUGGGAAAUUUUAUUUCAACAAAUGAGAUUCUUUAUGAAUAUGUUGAUGAAUUAACUCCAUUUCUUGUUCAAGCAUUAAAUGAUACGAUUUCAAAAAUACGAUCACAUGCUGUUAAUACGCUUGGAUUUUUGGCACGUUAUCGUUUAUCGGAACGAUUAAUUGAAUUAAAAGUUCCCGAAAAAUUACUUGAUGUUGCUUGUCAUGAUACGCAUGUAACUGUACAAGAAUUUGCAUUACGUGUACUCAAACAAAUGUUGAAACAUGGACAAGCAAAAGAGAUUUUACAAGAAUGUAAUGCAACUGAUAAACUUUCAAAUUUACUUUCGAGUCUAUGUACACAAGUAGAAAAUAAUCAAUAUAGUGAAUUAGAUGGACUAGUUGAUGAAUGUGAAGAACUUUUAAGUAUGCUGAUCGAACAAUGUACAUGA